AUGGCUGCUAAAGAAGAGGAAAUACCAGAAGAUGGACUUAAUUACAAAAAUACAACAACAAAUGUUCAUCCCUUAAUUGUUCAAUUGUAUAGGUGCGAAUUGGAUGAGGAUAAUAAUAAAGAAGAAAAUAAAAAUAAAAAUAAGGAAAAGGAAAAAUCUCCUCCUGAUCCUAUAUUUAGAGCUGAUGAACAUGACAAACAAUUUGAUCCAGACAAGUAUUUAGAGGGAUUCUACAAAUCGCCACGUGAGGAUGUUGCAAUGCAAAUAGUACUGUUUUUCCUACCAGGAAUGGUUUGUAGACUUCCCAAAACUAUAGGUACAAUGCUAGAUUUGGGUGCAGGUCCAACAAUAUACAUUCCUCUAGUUUUGCGAAACCACAUUGAAUCAAUUUUUAGUUCCGAUUAUUCCCCACAAAAUAGGCAAAGAGUUAUUGAUUGGAUAUUUGCAAAAAACAGCUUUGAUUGGUCUGAGAUUUGUUGUUGGAUUGCUGGGAUAGAAGCAAGACAUGAGAAACCGUUACAAAUGCAGGAUUUUACUAGAGAGAAAAUGAGGGCUGUUUUGGAAGUAAAUGUACAAAAACGUCCAGUUAUUCAAAGUAUUGAAUGGAAAGCAGAAAAUUUAAAAGAAAUUCCAAAACAAUUCGAUUUAGUAACGACAGUAUUUUGUAUGGAAUAUUCUUGUGAGACACUUGAGGGCUACAAGAGGGCUAUAAAUGGAGCUUGUGGAUUAAUUAAGCCUGGUGGUUGGUUACUUCAAGGAGGAAUAUUUCACGCAACAGAAUACCGAUUUGGAGGGAAACGAUUUAGCAGCCAUUUUUUGACUAAAGAACAUGUACUGACCGCUCUAGAGGAAAAUGGAAUGGAAACAAUAAAGGGCGAAGAUUAUGACCAAUUCCAUUUUAUAACCCAUGAUGACAUUUUCUUGCUACUUUCCAAAAAGAAAAUGCAAAUUGGAAGUGAAGAAUAA